UGACAAAUUAUAACGUAUUAAAACCGUCUCAGACUAAACGGAUGAUAUACAUUGAUUAAUAUCAGUUUAAGCCAAGAGUAUCUUACCCUCCCAAUUCAAAGAUGGCCGAACAGCAGUACUGACGUGUGAAUUUGGCGCUUUCUGCAUGAGAUUAAAACGUCAAUCUUCUUUAUCUCUUGUAAUGUUUGAGGACUUGCAGCUUCUAUUAUGUGAACGUUACCGUUUUUUGCUAAUCCAGAGUUAAAGAAAUUAAUAUUUGAAUGCUUGUGGCGAUUGCAGUGUAUGGCACACGUGCUUUAACGGAAUCUGAACGCAUCACAUGUUACGCUGUGUAACGUUACAGUGAAGUCUGAACGCUAUCGUGUUAUGUUAAAAUGUUACAUUAGCCUAAACAGGGCAGUGUUUAUCUUCAGUAGAUUUGCGUAAUUCUGUUGUAUGCUGCAUUUUGGACCUUUUUGGUCACUUUACAUUUAAAUACAGUCAUGGCAAUGAAGUGCAUCAUCCAUGUGGUCUGUAAAGGGAGUUGAUGAACAGGAUUCGGAUCCACGUGUUGCCAUCCAGCAGAGGCCGAGUGACUCAAGCUGCUCGUGCUCAAGAGCCUCAGACCUGCUCUUACACCCAGAGACCCUGUUCACAGCCUCGUCUGGAGGGCCUAGAGUUCUGCAUCAAACAUGUACUUGAAGAUAAAACUGCUCCCUACAGGCAAUGCAGCUAUGUGUCUAACAAGAAUGGCAAGCGCUGCCCCAAUGCAGCCCCAAAACCAGAGAAGAAGGAUGGGGUAUCGUUCUGUGCUGAACAUGCACGCAGAAAUGCUUUGGUUCAGCAAGCGCAAAUGCGGAAGGCAUCUGCCUCAGGACCUUCCCCUGAAGUCUUGCUGUCUCAGCUCAGUGGCUACAGUCGGCCGGAAACUGGAGCUCACAGUCAAGAGGGCCGUAGUGAAGCUAGUCGCAUACUAGAUGAGGAGAGUUGGAGUGAAGAGGAGCAGGAUCCUGUUGUUUUGGAUCAGACAUGGAGAGGAGACCCCGACAGUGAAGAUGAAAGUCUUGACAGUGACCACGAAGACCCUUUAAAGCAUGCGGGUGUGUACACAGCAGAGGAAGUGGCACUCAUCACACGUGAAAAGCUAAUCAGACUUCAGUCCCUCUACAUUGACCAAUUUAAACGUCUGCAACAUUUAUUAAAAGAAAAGAAACGGCGCUACCUGCACAGCCGCAAAAUUGAACAUGAGACAAUUGGGAGCAGCCUGUUAACGGGUCCAGAGGGGCUGUCCACAAAGGAACGAGAGAACCUGAAAAAAUUAAGGGCUCUACGACGCUAUCGCCGUCGCUAUGGUGUGGAGGCUUUGCUGCAUCGCCAGCUCAGACAGAGAAGACAAGCGAUUACUGAGGGAGGAACGCCACAGGCAAUGCGUUUGGGCCAGAGAUGUAUUUCCUUUGUGGAAGGGACUCGCUGUUCAAAUCCGUGUUUGCCAAUGACGCGACACUGUGUCUCUCACAUUUAUCAAGACAGUAGCCAAGUUUUAUUCAAAAUGUGCCCUGGUCUGAAAGACGUUCCAUGUGAUCGGCCUGUGCACAUGGGACAGUCAGAAGACCCCCGCUGUCCUCUGCACCUGUCCCUGCCUGCACCCAUGUACCAGCCUGAGCAGGAGUCUAUUGCCCCGGAACAGCUGGCGUCUGUACCCACAGAUAUGUACCUCAGUGCAGCAGAGCUCCAGCCAACAGAAAAUCUACCUCUGGAAUUCAGUGAUGAUCUUGACGUUGAAGAUGAGGGUUUGCAGUGUCCCCCGUCCCCCUUGCUAUUCGACACAGCACUUGCAUUAGAAGACCAGACCAUCAGAGAGAUCGCCGAGGCCCCUAUGGACAUUCUGACAGGGGUGGAGCAGGGCGAUCUGGACUGCUCUGCCCAAGAUGCUGAGCUCUCAGAGAGAGACGAGGUGUCUGUGGAAGAUCAGGUUGAAUCUGAAAUACUUGAAGCAGUUGGACAAGCAGUUUCCUUGCAGAAUUCAUCAAAAGACUUUGACACGAAAACAAAAGAUGCCUUAUCCUGAGCACCUCGUGACCUGAUUUUCUCAGCUGUUGUUCUGUUGAUAUUUCAAACAGUCCAGAUAUCUAUUUAAAAGCCAUAUUUCUGGAAGUUUGCUUUGAUUGCUGAAACAUUUUUAACCUAGCAUUCUCAUUACUUAAAAUAGCACAAUGGCACAUGUUCUGAUAUAGACUGCAAGUGUCUUGUGAAAUUAAAAGGACAGUUAUAUGCACA